CAUUUGUUUUGCUUUUUUUGGGCUUCGUUGGGUUUUCAUUUGUUUCCGUGUCGAUUAUGACGUUCUCUUCUUGAGGUUGUUGAUUUCUUUGCCUUUGUGUUUUCUAUUUUUCAUUAGAAGGAGAUAGGCGAAAGUUGGCUUGGUUUUUAAACAGUGAAUGUGAUAGUCUUUUUUAAUUUUCCAUGUAGUUCUUGAUGUAUUUUUAGUCUAACGAUUAUGAUGAUAUUUCUGGUUGUUGUUAUUAGGAUUUGGGAAGGUCUAAGCUCAGGCAACAGUCAUAAUGGCAUUCUGUAGUAAGGUUGGAAAUCUCUUGAGGCAGGGUGGUGCUAACAGCACACAAUCACCUGUUGCAUCCAUGCUCAAUUAUAUUCGCUGCAUGUCUUCAAGCAAGCUUUUUGUUGGAGGCCUUUCAUAUGGAGUUGAUGACCAGUCUCUUAGGGACGCGUUUGCAGGAUUUGGAGAUGUGGUUGAGGCAAGGGUUAUAACUGAUAGAGACACUGGAAGAUCAAGGGGAUUUGGAUUUGUCAACUUCUCCAAUGAUGAGUCUGCAAGUUCAGCAAUCUCUGCUAUGGAUGGGCAGGAUUUAAAUGGGCGAAACAUCCGAGUUUCCUAUGCAAAUGAUAGACCUUCUGCUCCUCGUUCCCCUGGUGGUGGUGAGUAUGGAGGUGGUGGCUUUACUUCUCGCAACAGUGAAUUCUCGCUGUUUUGUCAAGAAAUUCAUUUAGGGUUGCCACUCAAGUGGUAAAGUAUUAAUUAGUGGAAUGUUAUGGUAUUUUUUUCCUUUCCAUUACUUGGUUGUUAUACUGUGAUGUUAUUGGAGCUUUUGUUUCGAUCUAUUGCGGUCUCUGUGCAUGUCUUGAAUAGUGGGUUGGAUUUCAAAUUACUUUCAAGGUUUUCUGUUUUUUAACCAAAAUAAAAUAGGAUCCUGUGUAGUUUCACAAUUCUACAUUGUUCUGACGACUGAGAAAAUGACUUGGCACUACCACG